AUGGAAACAAAUUCUUUGGACGAAGUGGACCACAAUGUCUCCGAGACGACUGCUGUUAAUGCUGAUCCUGAGCAAAACAUCCAUCAGUCUAAUGCUACUUCCGUUAAAAAGGAAGAUGCUAAGUCUUCGGACGAAAAGAGAUUCUCCUUGUCUGCGUUGUCUGAUCUUCUCGAUGAAUUUCUAAAUAAGGGUGAUAUACCGGAAUCAUGUAUUGAUCAAGCCUUGAUUCUAUUGAGAUUUUCGCCAACUGCACUCAUCGAUGUAGAUGAGUCCUCUAUCGUUGCCACUCUUUUGACUGCAAUACAAAAAGCCGAUGAACUAGCCGCAUCGAAAUAUCUCCUUCUUUUGUCGGGCCUUCUCUCUUUUACUGUUUCUUCGAGGAGCUUACGCCUUAUUAUUAAUUAUCUUAUGUCUUCUAACAGAAUUUGGCGCCCCUACUCCUAUGAGCUCAUUCAUCAACUGAAAAUAGCCUCCAGUUUUCCCAAUAAUAUGUCCUUCUUUAUAUUUCCUGGAGAAUCAAAAAGCAUAUUGACGAUUCCACCGAUUUCCAAAUUUCCAUAUCAGAAUGGUUGGACUUUCCAGUCUUGGGUCUACAUUGACCCGCCUCUAUGUAAGCUCAGUGAAGUGAAACCUCGGUAUCUUUUUAGUUUUCAAACGGACAAAGGACUUGGCUAUACCGCCCAUUUCCUGGGCACGUUAUUUAUAAUUACCUCAAUCAGAGCUAAAGACAAAGGACUACAACACUGCGUCCCUACAGAAUUUCACCCCUGUCGAUGGUAUAUGUUGACCAUCGCAUUUGUCUACAACCGUUGGACUAAAUCUGAGCUGAGGUGUUACGUCAAUGGAAAGAUCACUUCCAGUGUCGAAAUGGCUUGGCCAAUCACAGGGUCAGACCCCUUCGAGAGGUGCGUCAUUGGGGGGUCUUUCGACCAGAGAGAUGAAAACGUCUUCUCUGGACGCAUUGCUUCCAUCACCGGAUUUACAGAGGCGCUAUCACCUCAGCAAAUUUCCGCCCUAUAUACCCUAGGCCCGAAUUACAAGGCAGUAUAUUCCCUUUUGCCUUUUCAGGGUCAACUGAGAUUCGAAUCUGAGGUUAAAGGACUUCUGUCAGAGACAGGGUGCAAGGCACUGAUUGAGAGCAAAUUGUCCGCUUCCAUCAUGUUUGUCUAUCAUCCUUUGGCGUGCGAUCACAACCUAUGUUUGGACCAAUCUCCAAAACUGAACGCUGUUUUUGCGCAUUCGCCUCAUGGACUUAUGCAAGGCAAGGUGCGGUCUGUCCGAACAACGUCCCUGCAAUCCUCCAUACAGAGUCUGGGAGGCAUUCAGCUGCUUUACCUCCUAUUUGAGCAGUUGGAUUUCGCGCUAGAGAACGCAGUGGACCCUGAUAGACCCCAAGACGAUGUGAAGCCCUUCCCCAUAGCUGCUCUGCUCUUCAACCUGCUCUUCGAUCUGGCGCGCACUUCAUACGCCCUGCAGGAUCAGCUUGCGCGCACCAACGGACUGGUGGUAUUCGCGCAGGCUCUCUGGCAAUCAUCUCCCGCCCACCUCACCGAGUCGCUGCUCAAUGGCUUGCUGGAGGCGGCGCGGUACCUCACCCGCGAGCUGCUCUCUGCCUCACCCUCCUCUCUUGCUGCCGGUGUUCCCUCCCUCCUCGUGCUCUUCCGACAGCUCUUCAACAAGCUGCUCUUUGCUAAUGGCUUGUGGCUGAGGGCCCCAGUUAGAGUGCAAGAUCGACUGUACGGUUUCCUGGCCGAUGAGUUUCGCGUGGAUUUGCUGGGUCAGUCGGGAAAGUCGAUUGUGGCCUCCGCACUGCAUGCUAUUAAAUACUACUUCUGGAUGGUUCAGCCCACCGAACCCCUCCUCGACUCCACUCCAGAUGAGAGACCAUCACUGAAGUACCUUGCGCGAAUUCGCUCCAACCUUCUGCUCUUCAUAAAGCCGCUCAUCCUUCAGCAGUAUCAGCUCAGCCCCUACAACGGUAACUUUCCACCCAACGGCGAGGAGGUGGACUAUCUCUUCAACUUCCUCUGCACUGUUAGAGAGUCGGACAAUUUGAAAGACGUGCUCUACUUUGCCGUGGCUCUAAUGUCCCAGCAUCCUGCGGUGAUGGUGCCGUGUUUCGACCGCCACGAUGGUAUUCAAUGCGUUUUCCAACUCCUCACCCUGCCUGACGAAGAUUCGCGACUUUAUGCGCUCAAAUUGCUAGGCUUCUUCCUCAAAUACAGCAAGUCCAAACGGAAGCAGGAAGCAGUGGCUCAGCACAGCAUCUUCAGCCUGCUCUGCGACCGCUUCGCUGCAGUGUCACCCGCCUUCACCAUGAAGGCCUAUAAUGUCUUCUUCGAGCUUCUGACAGAGGAUAUGACGCUGCAAUUGACGGAGAAAGUGCUCCCUUAUCCUAGCCAAGCACAGAGAAUUGAGAACCCGGCUUUGCUAAAGACGAUCGCUCUGCUAAUCAUCCACUCGAAACGCACUGCUGAACUGAUGACUAUUCGACAGGUCUUUUUAGAGCACCUCCUUGCCCUCUGCCUCAAUUCCGAUGUCAAUCGUCGAGCGGUGCUGCAAAUGUCGGUGUGGCAGGACUGGGUGAUUGGACUGGCAUCGCUGUUCCCACAGAACCGACAGAACAGCUACGCAACCGCGACUGUAAUGGAGGUGCUGCGCUGCCUCCUCUUUUACGCCCUUCGCUUUGAGUUUGGUGGGUGGCGAGUGUGGAUUGACACUCUGGCCAUUCUUCACUCGCGCAUCGCCUUCGAAGAAUUUCGUCGUGCUAACCACCAGGCUCACAUGGCGAAGAGUCGGGCAGAGUUGCCAUCGCAGCACGCAGCUGAUCCAGGUCCGCAGCUACAGUCAGUGUCGCAACCACAGCCCCUGGAAACCACGGAAUCAGUGGUAGAUGGACCGGCGACCUCCAAAGAAGUGGGAGAAUCGUCUCCCGAUGUAAAAGAGGUCGAUCUAACCGAUAAAGUCGUCCGAAAGCUGGUAGACAAUCUGCUAGAUCAACUGGUUCUAGAAGCUGCUGGGCCUAAUGAAAAGGUGGAAGGGAAGGGCGAUGAAGCUGAAACCUACCUCUCUGCUGAUGCGACUGCGCUUGUUGCCACUGCUCAUGCUAAUACUGCAAAGGGGGAUAAGGGUGAUCAUGCUCAAACCAAUUCUGCCACGACCACGCAGAAGUCGAACCAUGCACCGGAGAAGGUGGAGCCGCAGACCUUCCGAAUACCACCAUUUACCUGGUCCUACCUCCACCAGCUCCUUCUUGACAGUGUUCUCCGCUCUAUUGAGGACGAAUUCCACGCCAUAACAGCCGCAGGCCCGCAGGAGGCAACGGCGAAUGAAAAGGCGGUGGUGGUGGAGACGGAGACGGAGACAGAGUCAGAGGAGGAAAGCGAGAGCGUAGCCUUGUCUAACCUCCAAACCUUCAUCACUGAUCCUGCUAACCAGGUUUACGUUAUCAAUCUCAUCCACCUCGUCUCCCAACUCUCCGACGGCCUCGUUACUGCUAGUGGUGGUCUUCUGCCUCUCCUUGCCGCCACCACAUCACCUACGAUGGAGCUGGAGGUGCAGGAGCCCUCGAGCGGUCUUUCAUUGGAGACUGCUCUCGGUUUCCUUCUACGUGUCGCCAACAUCGCGGACGUGGUUGUUUUCAUGCCCUCCAUCAACCUUGGUGCAUUGGAAAAGGAGACUGGCAUGAAUUCUGGUGGCAUCGUCCGCCAAUGCCUCCGACUGGCCUGUCUGUGUGCUGUUCGCAACUCUCUUGAAGCCCGUCUCAAAGACUUUUUUCCUUCGGACGAGAUUUUAUCCCAACUGUACACCCAUCCGGCGCCACACCACCAUACCCCCUCACCCCUUCCACCUUUGGACUCGGCACCGUCGAUAGCGCAGCCAUCAUCACAACCAUCACUACCCCUGUCGUCAUCGACGUCCGCUGAUUUAGCCGAAACCUCAAACGCAGUAACUACUGCGACGGCCGCAACUCGAGUCAGGCGGCACUCCCUAUCCGCCUUCUACUUCUACGGAUUGUUGCGUCACAAAAUAGAGGUGAUUCAGCGUCUCGCCAAUCCAGCUGCCGGUACUCCUUUUCUCAGCCGAGAAUGUGUGGUCUUCCUUGAGCGAUUGCGACGCCUCCCGCCCGGUCUUCAACGCCUUGUACUUGGAUUAAGACCCUCUAUGGCGAACUAUUCUUCUGGAUUUAUGGUGGAUGGCGCAAAGUCCCUUAGUCUCCGCCGCGACCUUGCCUUUCCCAUUGAUGGCGGAGUAUUCGAUAGGACGGUCGCUCACCCCCUAGCGGACAUUGAAUCACUUCUCCAGAAUGUCGAUAUCAACCGAUUACACAACAUCGUCUACAGAGAGGAGGAGGAGACACGGCAGGUGCAUUUUGUCGCCCUGGCGGUGAUCUACUUUCUCUCCGUGCUGAUGGUCUCCAAGUACCGCGACCUGCUUGACCCCGUUAAUCUCUUGAGCCUGUGCCAACGCAAGGGCGCCCCACCGUCAUCAUCCCCUACUCCCGUCUCUCCCGCCUCUUGGCGUCUCGGAUCUUCCGCCUCCGCCAACCCCAUUGCAUCUACCACUGAAGUAACAGAGAAACAGACUUCAAAACAGUCUGAAGAACAGAACGCUGAGGACAGACCCUCUUCUAGUCAAUCUGACAGUGAGAAAACGAAUGUAACAAAAUCAGGUGAGGAUGAAAAAUCGACUGGAGCUUAUACGGAACCUGGAGUCAAGGAACAGGUCAAGAACGAACCAUCCGAAAAUGAAAAGGAGGAAGACUUAGCUGACGACGUAAAAGAGGGGAAAAGUGAAAGCAUCGAUAGUAGUGGUAGUGAUGAUGGUGAACAGAGAGUGGCUACAGUGCACCAAUACAUGCCCAAGACCACUCUCCCCGUCUCGCUGGACACUGGCAAGCCGACAGUGUGCAGCGUCAUCGGUGGUGGGUCCGAUUCGCAGCGCGCCCCCUCCGAGACUAGUGAGACCGCAGCAUCGUCACCGCCGACGCCACCCCACCUUCUUGCAUCACCUCCUGCUCCCACCACCACUACCUCGGCGGACCUCACUGAUCUGUUGGAGCGAGCUCUAGGCUCCUCGGUGCCUCUGCUUAAAAAUAUCUUCUUCGAUUUUGAGACUUUCCUUGCCAAAGCUCUUGUUGGCUCUCAUGGACAGGACCUCCUCUUAACUGGUGGCCUCUCUGCCCUUCGGAACUCCUCGUUGGCGGUGGAAAUUGUCAUGCUUCUGUGCUCGCAGGAAUGGCAGAACUCGCUGCAGAAACACGCCGGCUUAGCCUUCAUCGAGCUCGUGAACGAGUGUCGCCUGUUGGCAAAGGCCUCCCGCGAGCACUUCAUCAGCGUGGCUCAUGAGGCCGAUUUCAUUUUGGCGCGUCUGCGUAGCCUCGAGUUGCGCCGCCAGACAGCAUUUCGGGCGACGACGCUGCGACGCCAGCAAUGUCGCGUGACUGAGUUGGACACCCACCAAACUCGGCGGCUGGAGGCGGGAGCAGUGCGUGACGGUCUGGUGGCUGCGCACUGCCUAGCGCUCACCCAACAUCUCCUACAGUGCCUUCAACAGGCUCCGCUUCCACCCCCAUCGCUGCCAUCGGCGAAUCGAUGUGAUGUCAUCACCCCUGCCUCCUCGGCUCUUCUCCGACAGAUGCGGCUCUUCCUUGAGCGGACGAAGCGCCCACCGAUACGUAUCUUCUACCGCCUUGACACCUGGGAGGAUGAUAGUCGACGGCGUCGCCGUCUAGUCAUCAAUCCCUUCGGUUCAAGCCACCCCGAGGCGACUCUGCACUCUUCACCACCUCCAGUACCCGCACCACCACCAACUCUGGCUAUUGAUUCCACCGCGUUGAAUCUUCUUCCUCAAUCGGAGCAACAACAGCAUCAAGAAGAAAUGACAGCUGGAGGGGGAGACACGCAGAGGGGCAGUGUGGACUCCCUGCAGCCACCAUCCACUCCUUCAGCCUACUCGCCACUCACACUGACCGAGGCCAGUCUAGCACCCGGUCUCGUGUCUACACAUCAAGACGUCUUUACUUUUGGACAGUUGGAACCAGCCGCUAACGAUCCUGCGGUCGUCUCCACGCCAUGCCAACUUAUCACCGCGGGUGCAGCAGUGUACGGCAUCCUCUCCAUCACCAGCACCUAUUUCGCCUUCGAGACCGAUCCCGGUCACGAGUUGAAUCAAAAAAUCGACCCUCAAGUCCUCGCCUACACCAAAAACCUCUACUCAAAGUGGCCGUUCAGUGAAAUUCGUGCUGUCUUCACCCGAAGGCAUCUGUUGCGCAACGUUGCAUUGGAGAUCUUCCUAACCACCCGAUCUUCAGUAUUGUUUGCGUUGCCGGACGAGUCAACAGUGCGUCGAGUGGUCUACGCCCUCCCACCAGUGGGCAUCGGAGCGCGCUACGGCGUAACGCAGUCGCACCGAACGAGUCUGGCUACCGGGCGACAGCAUCUCUCCCUCUCACAGGCCACGCAGCGAUGGCAGCGUCGCGAAAUGUCUAACUUCGACUACUUAAUGUGCCUCAACACCUUGGCAGGGCGCAGCCUUAACGAUUUAAACCAGUAUCCUAUCUUUCCCUGGGUUCUCACAAACUACACCGACUCCUACCUCGACCUGAACGAGCCGGCAAAUUAUCGUGAUCUCUCGAAACCUGUGGGCGCACUCGACCCCGCCCGAAAGGCCUUCUUCGAUGAGCGCUAUGCGGAUUGGGAUGAUCCCACUCAGCCUGCGUUCCACUAUGGCACGCAUUACUCCACCGCUGCGUUCGUGCUCAACUACCUCAUCCGAUUGGAACCAUUCACUACUCUAUUUCUCAAUAUGCAGGGUGGGAAGUUCGACCACCCCAACCGGAUGUUCUACUCGGUGGAGGCGACAUGGGCGGGAUGCCUGCAGAGCAGCACGAACGUUAAGGAGCUCAUCCCUGAGUUCUUCUACUUGCCGGAGAUGUUCGAGAACACCAAUGACUACGACUUCGGCGCUCUCGAGGAUGGCACGAAACUCGGCGACGUCAUUCUGCCCCCUUGGGCCACCAGUCCCGAGGAAUUCGUCCGCAUCCACCGACAGGCACUAGAAUCGGAGCUUGUGUCAUGUCAGCUACACCAUUGGAUCGACCUAAUCUUCGGCUACAAGCAGCGUGGUCAGGAAGCGGUGAAAGCCACCAAUGUUUUCCACUAUCUCACCUAUGAGGACAGUGUCAAUUGGGAUAAGGUCACCGAUCCGGUACUGCGAGAGGCAUUGGAGGGUCAGAUUACAUGUUUCGGCCAGACACCAAGUCAGCUGCUGACAACACCCCAUCCUCCACGGGGUUCCGCACUCGCCGCCUGCCCUCGCCUCUUUGCCCCGCCCGUUCACGAGGUCACCGCCCGUUUACGUCCGGCGUCGCACGCGUCCAUCCUCGGCCUCUUCUUCGUAUCCAGCCCUCACCACGGCGUCGGUGCUGAUGUCUCCCUUCUUGCUGUCUCUACCAAUUGUGUCUUCACUGUUAACAAGUGGAAUAAGGCUGCGGCAGCUGCUGCUGCGGAUUCUGUUUUCAAGGCAACUUCCCCAACUCCAAUGUCGGUGGAGUCGAGUGAGACCUCCUCAAAGUCACAGGAGCCACCGCCGCCGUACUCACCACUGACCUCAAAUCUUCCUUCUUCCGCCACCUUGCCCGUCAUUUCGGCGGAGAGUCAAGUCACUCCACUCCUCACGCUCGAUCCCACACCCCUUGCACCGAACCCAUCAGGAAAUCGGCGCUAUAUUGGCGAGAACAUGGAUCCUUCAAUUCGCCUCACUGCGAACAACUUUGUGGUGACCGGUGACGGUCGUGCCAUCGUCGCAUGUGGCUACUUCGACUACUCCUUCCGCAUCUUCUCUGUCGACUCAGGUCGGUGCGUGCAGAGCGUGUGCGGUCACCAGGACGUAGUCACAUGUCUCGGCCAUUCGGAAUCUACCGCCAUCGGACACUGUUACCUCGCAUCUGGAGGUCGCGACGGUCUCGUCUGUCUCUGGAUCUUCGACACCAAAUCCCUUUGUCUCUUCUCCGAGCACUCCGGAGCGAUACCAAUGCCCCAUGUGACCCUCGUUGGACACCAGAAUGCGCUGCAGUGCAUCGCAAUUUCAGCUGAACUCGGUCUGGUAUUCAGAGGCGCCUGCCUACUGCACACCACGCAGGGUGAGCUGUUGCGUCGUUUUGAAGCGCCACAAACGGCAGCAGACCGACUGCGCCCCUGUGCUGUCUUUGCUGGAGCCGCCGACGCUGCUGCUGCUGUCGCUGCCGCAUCGCCGACACGCCUCGUGGUGACGCGACACGGUUACGUAGUCUUCCAACUCGGCGCUACCAAACUUGCCGUCUUCACGCUCAACGCGCGUCUCAUUCAGAGCGGAGUCAUUGAAGAACAGAGUAGCACCACCACCGUCUCUCAUUCCCCCCCUUCCGCUCCCAUUCCCUCCUCUUCUUCCUCCUCCAACGGUUCCCCACUGGCGGUGUCACAGGCACGGGCGCAGUUACAGUCGAAAGCGGAAGGGGAGGGCUACGCGGUCAGUGCGCUAGCGGUGACUCGAUGUGCGCACUUCCUCCUCGCCGCUGGCAAUGACGGCAUCGUCUCCAUCCUCCACCUCCACUCUCUCCGACUUCUCCACUGUUUGCCCCGCUGCAAAGCACCCAUCACUGCACUUGAUAUCAGCCCCGAUCACAGAUUCAUUGUGGUUGGUCUUGCGAAUGGUGGCCUCGUGGUGUUCAACGUGAACUUCAAUCGGUGGAGGGAGGAGAUUCAGGGAGGAAAACCAAAGCAGCAGCAGCAGCAAUCACGCCAGGAUCAGGAUGAUCAACAGCAGCACACCACCCGCUCCUACCCUCCCCAACCUGCAAACAGUAACACCACCACCAGCACCACAAAAACUGAAGAGCGGGAGGGGGCACAGGACGAGGAACAGCUACCAGUAACCCCCGAGUCCGCGGCCACUACUGCCACCUGA